CUCGAGCGAGUGCACAUGCCAGCUUGAACUGCUGCAAGCAAGCCCUAUGCGGAUUCGCCCAACGUAAAUCUUCGUGAACCUGCUGAGGCUGCCAGACGUAUAUACUGUAUUACUUAGGACUCCCGUUGCAUCACGUCGCUUCAGUUCCGAGAACAACCGUCGACGUGCUUGAGAUUACACACCGCUCUCCAGCAGCUUACUGGGCAUGACUGAUUUCCGGGCUAGUCGAGAAGAUCGCAAGCGGCCUGUGAUUGCAGAGGAAGGAGAGGCUGCUUCCGAACAUCCAUAUCCUUCUAAACGGUUAAACAAUAGCAGCAACUUCCUGGACCAAGCUUUACGUGUCGAUCCAGCGAGCAUCGAGGCGGACAAUCGUGGGCGUCGCCGCUCGGGGGAUGUUGCAGCAAAGCUAGAGUCCGAAGCAGAAGAAGAUCCGGAUGGCGGGAUAGCAGGUUCCAAUGUCCUGAACUACCAAAAGCUAGCGAUAUGGCGGCAAAUGCAACAUUAUAAGCGCGAGAGUGCGGCUGCUUCUGAGAAAAUAGAGAAAUUGGAAGAGCGACAGCAUUUUUACGAAUCGAGCCUUGCUGUAGCAAAUCACUAUGUACACAAGGUGUUUGAAGAUGUGCAAGCGUUUUUACAGCGUCUGGAAGACCACGAAAUCGGAAGUGUAAAUGGGCUGAAAGCAGGUUCUCGCGUCGAAGCAGAAGGAGAAUCAGCACCGUCUGCUUUACUGGAAGUCAUAGCGGAGCCUCGUUUCCCAGAGGAGGAUGUGGACCUUUUCCUGAAAGAAAAGUGGAGCGCGACAAACGAGGUUCUCGCAGCAUUGCUCAAGCGUGUUGAUGCUACCGCAUCGCAUGGUUCCGUUACGCGACCAUUAAGUGAGAAGGCGGACUUGGAUGGGUUACAAGCAAAGCUGCAUACGCUCUCCGCACAGAAUCGGACGUUGGAAAGCGAACUCCACAAACGGGAACGACUGGUGAAAGACCUCAAAAUGGAUCUUUCGGAAGCUUCCAAUCGCGCCAUGAAACUGGAACGAAAGCUGGAUCGAAUCAGCACCAGUUCAAAUGGCGCUAAAGAGCACGUGGAUUCCGUUGACGACAAGCCCCGUCCGGCAGAUCCUGACGAUGAAUCGAUGGCCGCGAUUUCUGAGUUGCGGUCGGUAGAAAUAGCAAAAUUGAGCGCUGAAAAAAGAAAACUGAUGGAGGAACUGGAUCAGACUCACUUGAAGUAUUCAAAUAGAUCGCUGCACGACGAUCAGAUCCGAGAGUCCCAUAUUUAUCGAAACCUUGAGGAGGAAUAUAAGUAUCAUCUUAGUGAAAACGAGGUCCUCAAACAGCGGCUGGAAAGAAUGACCGGGGAGAUUGAGGAAUAUCGAGCGGAGCGGACGAAGUUUGCCGAAGAACUGGAAGCCGAGCAUAUCACCAGACGAAAAGUGUUGGAAACGGAGAUGCGUAGACUUGAGAGUGAUUUGACACGGGUUCGCGGAAACCGGGAUCAGCUGCAGCACAAUCUGGAUUUACGGUGUGCCAAAGACAAUGUCGAGAUUGCUCAACUACAGGAGAUCAGGGUUCUUGCCAACGCCAGAAAAGACAGGAUUACAUGCUUAGAGGCCGACAUUCUAAGAUUGAAAUUACACCUGGCGGCAAAUCUUGGAGACAAAGCUCUUCUCCUUUUCUUCGAAGAGAAUCCGGAGGGGAAUCCGUUGGCGGACUUGCGACAGCGGCUGAAGGAUGCCCAGUCGCGAAUACGUUCACUGGAAAACGAAACUCAAUCGCGAGACCGAUAUUCCGACACGAGAAAUUCCGAUAGCGAUCGACGCAGUUAUCGGCACGAUUUAGAGAGUCUACAGUCUAAUCUGGACAAAUAUCGACGGUGGUUUGGAGAUGCGAAUCCAGAUUCCGACCCGACCAAAAAACUGGUUGGCCGGGUAGAGCAGUUAGAAAAGGAUCUAGAGCAGAAAACGCUGGCGUUGGAGACCUUGAAGAAGACGGAGGCUCGGCUAGCGGAAGAGUUCGAUCAAUUAGGUGCAGCGUGGACAGAGCUCGAGGAACAAUGUACCCGGAAGGUGCUCAACUCAUCGGAGAAGGAGGAUCAUAUUCUUCGCCUGGUUGCAGAAAGGACAAAAUUCGACCAGAAAUGCGCAAUGAUGUCGAAGGAUCAGUUGACGAGCGGAAACCUCAUCAUCGCGUUGCGGAAACAGGCGGAGAAGCAGCUCGACCACAUCAAUGUCCUUGAGCAACGGGAGAAGAAUCUGUCACAACAGCUGCACACUUUGGAGCGGGAAGUGGUUGCGCAUAAAAGUUUCUUCGAGCAACAAACGAGAAAAGAGGCAGACUUCAUGCGGCAGCUAGCGCAGUAUAAGGACGUGGAGCGGCAAUGGACUGCCAAAUAUGAGAAUGUGUCAACAUUGCUGAAGAAACGGAUAGCAGCACAAGAAACGGAGGCACAGGCUCGACGCCAAGCCGAAGAGCGGGUCAUGGUGUUGCAAAAGAAGAUGGAGAAGCAACGCAAAGUGGAGCCCACCACGCCUGCGGACUCGAGCACGUCGAAGGAAUUGGAGCAAUUGCGGAUGCUGCUUCGGUGCAGCAGCUGCGUAACGAAUCUGAAAUCUCAUGUGCUACUGAAAUGCAUGCACACAUUUUGCAAGGACUGCAUCGAUCACCAAGUCACGUCACGGCAACGCAAGUGUCCAACGUGCGGCCUUACGUUCGCGCAUCAAGAUGUGCGCCAAGUUUAUCUCUGAAUGAACGACAUGUAUUCAUUCGCCACAGGAAUCAGCUCAGUACAAUUUUGAACACUCCCCCUCCCUCCCUCCCUCGCAUGCGAAAU